AUGAGUGAAACAUCUGGCAGUGGUUCUAAUUCCAAUAAUAAAACGCCAACAACAACGAGUAAUUCCAAAAAACGAACAUCUUCGGAUGCUGGUCUAGAUUCUCCAGUAUCAUCAAAAGAUAAACGGAUACUUGUAUUUGAACCACUAAAACUAUUUUGUAUACAAUCAGCGGAAGAACUUGACGCUAAACUUCUACUAAUACAAAAUAAAAAAUUAUCUGAAUGUUUGACAGUUUAUCGGAAAAAUGAAGAGAAAUGGAAAGAUAAAAUUGAUCAAGUUGAAAGAAAUAAAGCAGUAGUUGAUUGUAAAUUUAGCAUUAUCGAUAUUUAUUGGACACAACUUGAUGAAGAUAUUCGUCGAUUAUUAGAACGUUUUGAUUCAACAGUUUCAUCAGAACGUGAUGAAGUCAAAUCAUUUAUUCAACAAUUAAAUAUGUGGAUGCGUGAUGAUUUAGAUGAACAUUUGAAACAACGUCUCGAUUUUUCAACAAAAGCCAUAGUCAAACUUGUUAAAAUAUUUGAUAGUCUCUCCGAAAAAUAUCAGCGUUUAUUUAGUUCAUUGAAUUCUUCCUCAGUCAGUACAAAUUCCCCUAAUACAUCUACUUUUGGUGAUUCAAAUAAUAAAACAGUUACUGAUGAUUCAAAACUUGAGAAUUUAUCAAUAUCACAUGAAGUACAUAAAGCCGUAUUAGAACGCAAUUCAGAUUUAGAACAAGAAAAUAAUAGAAUAUUGCGAAUGAAUACAACACUGCAAAGUCAAAUACAUACAAUAACACUUCAAUGCUCGGAUUUAUCAAAUCAAUUGGCAUUACAAGAAGAGCAAACUGUUGAAAAUAAAAGUCAUAUAUCAGAUCUAGAGUACGAAUUGGAAAAGUCACGUAGUAAAGAAAUGAAAUUAGAACGUUUAUUAUGUGAUGCUAUUUCAAAACUAGAAACAGAUAAUGUUGUCAAAGAUCAACAAGAAGGAACAACUACAGUGACUAUACCAGAAAAAUCGUUAACCGAUUUAAGAGCUGAACUAGAGGAAUGUAGAGAAUUGGCAACCAGUCGAUUAACUGAGUUAGAAAAAUUAACAUUUGAUCAUGAAACAGCUAAAAAGGAAAUUGAAGAACUCAAAUGUCAACUUCGCGCAUUGCCUGAAUCAUUAGUGACUGAAACGCCAGAAUUCAAAUGUCUUCAAUCUCGUUAUACGGCAUUGGUUAAUGAAAGUGUACAUUUAAGACAUCAAUUAGCUGAAGCGAGAGAAUUAGUUAAAUGUACUAAAGCAAUAUAUGAUCAUCAUUUUGAAAAAAUCGAACAAGAAGAAUAUGAAAAUCAGCGAAAAUUACAUGCAAAUAUUGAACAAGUUGUUGAAGAUCUCGCUGAAGCAAAACGAGCAUAUGAUAUGUUGCAAUUGGAAUAUGAAAAAAUACUUAUUGCUAAUCAGCAAGCAGUGCCAAUUACACGUGAAAUGCGUAGUCUUAUUGGUCAUUUACAAGUGCAAUGUAAUCUGCAUAAUUCGGAAGCAUCACGAAGUAAGAGACAAUGUAAAGAAAUGGAAGAUGAAUUGACAAAAUUAAGAAUGAAAAAUGAAAACAAUAGUUAUUUAUCUUCGUCUGUCACAAAUCAACUGAAUGGAUUCAGCGAAACAGAGACGCCUAAUAACCACAAUACAACAAAUUCCGCAACAAAAGACGAUAGCCAUCAACUGAAACCAUCACCACACUUACAGCAACAGCAUUCUCAUAAAGAAGAUUUAAAUCGAUCAAAUACGACAACGGAAGGGAACGAUGAUAAUCGUUUGAGUGAUGUUUCCAUUUUGGAUAUUGGUGAUAUAAGUGAAGAUGAAAUUGAAGAAUCACAAUCAUCUAUAUCAAGAUUGACAUCAGAUGAAAAAGAAACAGAAAUACGAUCAUUAAAAAAUGAUAAUAAAAAACUAACAGAUUUAGUGAAAGAAUAUAAAAUUUUGCUAACGAUGUAUAGAAGUGCUCCAAAAGAAACACGUGAAAAAGCAACUUUGAUGACAUCAGAAAAAAAACUUCGCCAAGAAUUAGAUGAUACUAAAUCGGAAUUGAAAAAAUUACAGACGUUUGCAAAAACAAUAAGAAAAAAAUUUAAUGAAGAUGAGGCACAAAACAAGAUUCGAACGUUACAAGAUAGUGUGAGAGAAUUAGAAAAAAAUCUUGAAACUCGUAAACAAGAAGAAGCAGCACUAUUAAAUGAAAUUGAAGUUACAGGCCAAGCAUUUGAAGAUAUGCAAGAACAAAAUAGUCGAUUAUUACAACAAUUACGAGAAAAAGAUGAUGCACACAUUAAAUUGAUGGUUGAACGAGUCAAAUCACAACAAGAACAAAAAAUAAUGAGUGAAGAAAAAACCGUAUUGAUACAGCAAACAAAUGUUUUACGAGAACAACUUGAUGUACAGGUUGUUAUGAAUCAAAAAUUUGAAGAAACAGUAGCUCUAUUACGUAACAGUAUACUGAUAUUAGAAAAAGAAUUGAAUAUGAUGCAUCAAACGCUAGAUGCUCAUAAACGAAAAUCCAUUGAGUGUGCUCAAACAUCAGCUGAUUUACGCUUACAUUUGGAACGAUAUCAUGCCCAACUAAAAGAAGCACAACAACUUGUUGCCGAGAAAACUGAAUUACUUGAAAAACAGAAUUUUAAAAACCGACGUUUACAAGAAGACAAUAAAAAUUAUAGUCGAAAAUUAGAGCGUAUGCGUAAAUUCGAUAUGGCAUCGAACAAAGACGAAGUAUUAUUAGAAGAAAUACGCGAAUAUAAAGAAAUAUUACGUUGUCCAGCAUGUAAAAAUAAACAACGUGAUGCUAUUUUAUCAAAAUGUUUUCAUGUAUUUUGUUAUGAUUGUUUAAAAUCCAGAUAUGAUAGUCGACAACGCAAAUGUCCAAAAUGCAAUUUGGGAUUUGCCGUACAAGAUAUUCACAAAAUAUAUUUAAGUUAA